AUGGCGGCCAUGAUGCUACCUACUACACAAUCUCUUCCUCCUCCUCCUCCUCCUCCUCCUCCUCCGCUGCAACAAUUACCAUACUUAAUAUUCAUUGUUGUCUGUUCCAUUCUUCUCUUGCUUGCCUGCCUGACUCGCUUUAGAUUUAAAGUUCUCUGCUUUCGCCGAGAUACUGAAGAUAGAAACUUGUCGGGUGAGCGUCAGACGCAGACAUCAGGUUCCCAGUUCGGUCGAUCGUUUGCGUCUGGGGAAGCUGACUUCGCCGGUAGCCUCCUCACUGUAUACCGGAGCGGGGAAGGGAAAAACGAGGGAAACUUCAGCGACGACUGUGUGAUAUGCAUGGAGAGUUUUGCCGAGGGAGAUGAGUGUAGGGUCAUAAUCAGGUGCAACCAUGGCUACCAUAAAUCCUGUCUUGACCAGUGGCUGAUUAGGCACGAGCACUGUCCGAUCUGUCGAGGUUCUGUUUAA